ACGCUACAGGUCAUGCCACAGAAGGUGGACUUUCCUGGGGUGUUCUGCUCGGUCGCGCUGCUCAGUUGCGCGGUGUUUUCCAGCUGUGGCUAACGUCUACCAGCUGGUACCUCGGUCGAGAACAGUGCCCUGACCCGAGGAAUGGGAUUCCGUCCAGCCCUGGUUGCAUUCCAAUACUGCGCGUGCAAGAGCCAUUGUACUUCCGCUGAGCGCCGCCAUCUCUAUCCAAAUGUGCCACAUGAGUUCUCGUCCUCCAGUACUGAAAGAAGAAGGCCCCCAAAGUCGCUCCGUCAUAUAAUGUGCUUACGUAAGCACACCUCCCACCUUCUGUAGAUAACAAUUUUCCCUACACUUUACAAUAUCACAAUGAAAUCUGCAGAGACCUGGGUCAAAGAAUUGGACUUGCAGAGCCACCCGGAGGGUGGCUACUACAGACAGACGGGAGCUUCCAGCCACAUCAUCAAGUCCCACACUAACUUGGACGUUCCUCUCUAUACCAACAUUCUUUUCUUGUUGGAGGACAAAAACCCCUCCAAUUUCCACAAAUUGUACUCGAACGAGGUAUGGUACUACCACGACGGCGAAUCAUUCACCGUCCACUGCAUCUAUCCUGAUGGCAGGUACGAGCUGGUGGUGCUUGGAAAGAACGUCUCCAAGGGUGAAAAAUUACAGUUCGAGGUUCCUGCAGGCGUGAUCUUCGGUUCAAGUGUAGUCGAGGGGUAUGGCUUAGUCAGCUGUAUGGUAUCUCCCGGGUUUGAUUUCAGGGAGUUCAAACUCUAUGAGAGGCAAGAAUUGCUUGACUUAUUUCCACAGCAUUCGGAAAUCAUCACGAAAUUGACCCGCACAUAAUUUUCAGGGCCAAAGAUAAUAUUCAUAUGUUAACAAUUCAUGACCAUUAUGCUAUAUAGACUCAAUAUGUAUAUAAACUCAGUAUGCUGUAUGGUGAUAUUAGUGUAGGAUGUUCUCAACUAGAAAGUUGUGAAUAUUAUUUGUGGAAUGUUUGGCGUAACUAUCAGUGACAUUAAAUAAAAAAUAAAAAAAUGUUAACCAUUCCUUUGUUAGGUGCUCAGCUACUAUUCUCGAAGAUGAUACUUAACUAGCCACCACUGUUUAGCGUACAUGUUGGCACU